AUGAGGGCGCUGCGCCCGCGCUGGGCGGCGCUGGCGGCGCGGGUGGCGGUCAGGGGGCGGCGAGGGGCCCUGCCGGUGGCGGCGGCCGGGCCUUGCCGCGAGAGCUCGGCGGAGGCCGGCGGCGGGAAGCCGCUGAAGGAGUGGGCGCUGGUGGUGAGCCCGCGGGGGCGGCUGGCGGUGCGGCUGCCCUGCCAGGUGAGCGUGCGCCCGCUGGACCCGCAGCGCUGCCCCGCCGCCGACCGCGUGCUCGUCACCGUCAGCGGCGUCGAGCGCGGCCGCGACCUGGAGCUGGUCCGCGUGAGGUACGACGAGGCCCGGAGGCAGGCGGCCAUCGUCUCCGACGGCGUGGACAGCCAGGCGGCCGUGGACGUCCGCACGCCCCUCCAGUUCGAUUUGGAUAUCAAAACAUCAGGGACUGGCUGCGUGAAGGUUCAGAAAAUAGAAUGCGAUAACUGCAAAAUUGAAACUGAGAAGGGGACUAGUGUCGUACAGUCAAUAAAGAGUCAUAAAAUCGACAUACGGACAAAUGGAGGCAAAGUAAUUGGUCUUGGAACGCUCUGUGGAAAUACAGAUAUUCAGGCUACAGAAAAGGGUAGCGUGAGUAUAGAGAAGCUGCAGGGGACUUCCAUCAACAUAUCCACUGAAGAUGGGCUGCUGAAAACUAAGUAUCUCUAUGCAGAAUCUUCAUCUCUGUCUUCAGUAGCUGGUGAUAUUCUACUGGGAAGUGUUCAUGGUAACACCACCCUACAGACAGAAACAGGGAGUAUCACAGUAGAUUCCUCAGAUGGAAGUUUAAAAGCUUCUACACAGCAUGGAGCAAUAGAUGUAUAUGUCAGUCAAUUGAGAAAAGUGGAUCUGAAAUCCCAGAAAGGUUCUAUUACAGUCAAGGUACCUGCCUCUCUCAAAGCUUAUUUACAAUUGUCUGGGAGAAAAGUGGAUGUGAGCUCAGAGAUUCGGUUAGAAGAAACACAGAGUGCCUCCAAAGAUGAUCACGUAACUAUAAGUGGUCACAUGAAUCAGGGCAAUGAAACAGACAAAUGGAUUAAGGCUGAAGCACAAAAUGGCAAAGUGUCUCUUAAAAGCCAAAGCUGGAUCCAGUCCAUGAAGCUGAAGACUCCUUAAAGGUGAAAUUAGGCCAAAGAUAUCAAAUCAAGGAAUCAUAAAGUAACACUUCAGUAAUAUUAUGGAACUUUGAUACCUAUUCUUAUCAUAAGAUAUAAACAACUUUGAAAAUAAGAGAUUUUUAACCCAGCAUUUACCAGUGACAGUGGCUGGUGCUUAAUGGCUAUACUUUACUGAUUUACUUACCAUACUCUUUAGAAACUUACAUAUUUAGAAUUUGUAUAACUUGACCUACUUACCAAGCCAGUUUGAAAGCUGGUAACUUUCAAACGAAAGUUCAGAGCUAUCAUAAAAGAAAUUUCCAACGCAAUAUUUGAAAACAUGAAAACUUACUUCCAAGGUGACAUGCUCUGCAAGCUGUUUUAUAUUUUUAAGUGAAGUAUCUCAUUACUGCGCGACCUUUAUUAGUUUAUGCAAAAUGCUGAGAAUUUUCUUCAACCAAAUUACUUAUCAUGGAUAGGAUAAAACUGCUUCAGCGACUGUAAUUCUUACUUGGUUUUCUUGUUUGAUAUUUGACCCUAAGCAAUUUCUGCCUUAUGUAUGGGCACUGUACGUAUAAAACUAUAUUGUUGCAUGUCAUCAUGGGCCUCUUAUGGGUAGAAACAAGAAGUCCAGCCAUGUGUACCACUGUUCAUCUGCUAAGAAAAGCUUUUAAAAUAAAUACAAGUGCAAUGGAUCUGGCUGAUUCCAGGGAGGAACAUUCCACCAAAUGGACUUCAGAUAAAAAUCCUUCUAACGUACGAACAUUCUCCUAAAGUAAGAGUUACCAAAGAAUGGAAGUAUUGAGGUAAUAGAUGAGAGCUAUAACCUGAAUAUUUGCUACAUUUGCAGUAGUAUACUGUCAGCCUUGCAUGACAGGACUGUAAGCUCUUUGAGGCAGAAAAGCAGAAGAAGGAUGUGAGGAAGGUUUGUAUGCCCUGAGCAAGAGACCAUGACUGGAGGUUUUGGUACUAUACCAAAUGGUAAUAAAAACAUGCAAUAAAGUAAAUUGAACCUUUAAAAACUUUUCAAUUUAUAUAUUUUCCCUUACAAAGCAAAUACUGAAAUUUGGUUUUUUAAAUCUGAAAUGUAAUAAUUCCUGCCAACUGAGUGGGUGGAGAGAAACAAAGAAGAGUUUGUAGUGUCAACUAAGGUUUUAAGUUGCAAGAAUGUUUGUAUAUACUGUAAAUCAUAAUGGUACAUCCUAAAAUGACCUUCCCCAUGGAAAGUUUUAUUACCCCUUGCUAAUGCACUUCAGGACUUAAGGGCAGCAUUUUUACUUUAGUUCAAAUUGUUUAAAGACUAUAUUCUGUUCCCUAUUGCAUGUACUGUUUGGAUGGGAUUGGCACUGAUGUAUAUGGCAAAUUAUAUAUAUUUUUAUAUAAACACAUACACUAAUAUAUAAAACGUUACUAUAACUAAAAUCAACAUAAUAUUACUUGUUAUUGCUACACUACUGUUAAAAGAUUUGAAAUUAAUAAAUGUGUAAAAGUUUUUUAAAUUUUCUGGAAAUUUUUUCAAAUUAAUACUUUCUGUGCACUGCUGCAGGUAUAUGCAAGAAGCAUUCCUAAAUUCACAUUGCACUUGAAAAUAAAAACGAUGUGGUAGAUAUUUCACAAAACUGAGUCCUUUCAAUUGCUCUGAUUUGUCUGGAAUACAAAGCCCAUCAGCCUCAGUUGAGUCAGUUGGACAGCUGCAUCAGCAACUUACGGGAAAGCAUGAGAAAACAUUAUUUCUUGCACUUUCAAAUGUAAGCAAAGUAAUGCAUUCAUUUUGUAAAAGUAGUCGCAAUUAAAUGUUAGAAUUGCUAGUUAUUUACUUAAAAGAAGUUUAAGCACCAAGAAAAUUUGUGCUACCACUAAAGCUACUGUGAUUAAAAUUCCAAGUUAGAUGUUGA